GACAGUUGAUAUUUGACUUGACAUUUCCACGAUACAAAAAAAAAUUAAAUCAUCAAUUUGAAAUUUGAAUUUUUAAUUUCUUGAUAAAAUCGGUGAUGUGUUAUAAAUCAAUAAAAGUGAGCUAAUUUUAUACAAUUUAACCUUUAAAAUAGAUGUAGGCGAAUAGGCGAUAGCCACAACACAAUGUCGCAGUGUUUAUCAGCGAUAUGCCGCGUCGAUGGUGGUUUUUAAAAAAAAUAUUCAGGAUGCCUCUCACCGAAACUGGAGAUCAAUAUUCAAUAUGGGUUGGAUUGAUAUAUGUAUUCAACCUCAUAGUUGGAACUGGUGCUCUGACUCUCCCAGCCGCCUUCGCCAGAGCAGGAUGGGGUCUCAGCACUAUAUCACUAGUCUUUCUAGCGUUCAUGAGUUUUAUGAACGUUACAUAUGUUAUAGAGACAAUGGCAUGCGCCAAUGCUGUGUAUAAAUGGAAGAGGUUGCAGUUUAUUAAAAGAAAUAGUAUUACAGAGAACGAAUCUGAGGACGAACCUACAACUUCUCAAGCCAACGAAUUAGAAGACCCGCUAGUAUGUGGGGAUACGAUACCCUCGCGGUACUACAGCUUGGACAAGCGGGUUGAACUGGGCGAGAUGGCCAACCUGUUCCUAAACAAGGCUGGCCGGACCAUGUUCUACUGCACAUUGUGUGUGUAUCUGUAUGGAGAUCUUUCCAUCUACUCGGCAGCUGUGGCGAAAUCCUUGAUGGAUGUUAUAUGCUCAGCAGUACCAACCAAUCUCACCAACACAACAGACUGGGACAACCUCCCCUGCUUCAGUAAUUCGACAGGUGCGGCCUACACUCGUUUGGACACCUACCGAGUGGCCUUGCUGACAUUUGUCGGUGCUAUGGGGCCGUUUGUGUUCUUCAAUGUGCAGAAAACUAAAUACCUACAGUUGUUCACGUCUGGUAUGAGGUGGCUUGCGUUUGCCAUAAUGAUAUCAAUGGCAAUCCACUUGCUCAUCUCGACCGGACCUCAGGGCAAGCCGCCCGCCUUUGAUGUGACCGGCAUGCCGACACUGUUCGGAGCCUGCGUCUACUCCUUCAUGUGCCACCACUCCCUGCCAGCACUCAUCAGCCCCAUCAGAGGGAAGAGCCGCCUCGGCCUCCAUCUAGCUCUGGACUACGCGUUGAUUAGCGUCUUCUACCUCCUUCUUGCGUUUACUGGUGCGUUUGCGUUUGCGCACCUAAACGAUUUGUACACAUUGAAUUUUAUACCGACAGACAAUGAGAAUAUAUUUUUGGAAAUCGUCGAGUACUUUCUAGCAUUGUUCCCAGUGUUCACGUUGUCCACCAGUUUUCCAAUAAUCGCUAUCACUUUGAGGAAUAAUUUGCAAAGUUUAUUUUUAGAUUGCAGUCGAUUGGAAUCGUAUAAUUUUGUUUUAAGGAAGUUGUUGUUUCCGAUCGUAGCUGUAGUGCCGCCAUUGUUGUUGACGUAUUUCCUCGAAGAUAUCGGUAUGCUGAUCAGAUUUACUGGAUCGUACGCCGGUACUGGGAUACAGUAUUUGAUACCUACCUUCCUAGUGCUCUCUGCCAGGCGACAUUGCAGUACAUUACUGGGUUACGGGGUCGUGAAUAAGUUUAAGAGCCCGUUCUCUAACACCGCCUGGGCGAUAUUUGUUUUACUGUGGUCGUUUGUAUGUGUCAUUUUGGUAUCUGUGGACAUGUUUGAAAAGAAAUUAUGAUAUCGAAUUUUGUAAUUUUGAAUUUAUUUUCGAAUUUUGUAAAAGUAAGAAACGCGCAACAUUUUAAACUGUUAUUUUAAUAAUCGUAUUGUAUUUAAACGGACUUGAUUUAUUCUAUUCCCACUCUAACCUUCAAAACCUUGCGUUCAUUCUACCAUAUAACACAAAGAAGUGGUGGAAUUUUUAUUUUUACACUAUAGGCGUGUGUUCCAAACUAAAAAUGAAAGAUACGAAUUCUAGAGUAUUCAUUAUUCCGUGACUAGCUUAGUCUAGAAGCGCUUUUGAGAACUUUAUUUUACUUAGUAAAAUAUAAUUACUGUAUUGUGUAUACUACAAAUACUUUCUUUAAAAAUCAGUUAUUUCUUUUUUAUCAGUUAUUUGUCUUUGGCGUACAAAUUAUAACUCUUUAGCACAAAAAAUAUUUAUGAAUGCUAAUGAAAUCCAGUUAUUUUAUGUCAUUAGGUUAUUAUUAUUAGUUACCUAUACUUAAAACAUACUCGAUGUGCACUGUUUUACAACAAACAAAUUAAAUAUGAGGAUAGGUAUCGCUAGUCAUUUCAUUCCUAAUAAUAAUUAAUUUAACUUGUUAAUGAAAAUCAAGAUUAUUAAGCUUAAAAUGACCCCUUAAUAUUUUGGAUAACAUUUUAUAAAAAAAACAAUACUUAAUUUAAAAUAAAUAAGUUAUUAUGACGUGCGUUUUCUACUUUAAUUUUUAAUUUAUUUGUUGGUAAACAGUACACGUCAAGUAUAUCUUUAAUCCAGUGCUUUCGAAUCAAAAACAUUUUAUUAUUAGUCUAUGCGCAAAAAAUUAAUGUUUUAACAUUUUAAAAAUUAGUUAAGCUUUAUUUUAUUCCAUGUUUAUGUUACCGUUAAAUUGUAAAAUACGUUAGUUUAUAAUAAUCUCACUCGUAAUAUUAUAAUCUGCCAUCAUAUUGUUACCUAUACUUAAAACAUACUCGAUGUGCACUGUUUUAUAACAAACAAAUUAAAAAUGAGGGUAGGUAUCGCUAGUCAUUUCAUACCUAAUAAUAAUUAUAAUUAACUUGUUAAUGAGAAUCAAGAUUAUUAAGCUUAGAAUGACCCGUUAAUAUAUUAUUUUGAAUAACAUUUUAUAAAAAACCAAUACUUAAUUAAAAAUAAAUAGGUUAUGAAAUGACGUGCGUGCGUUUUCUACCUUCAUUUCUAAUUUAUUUGUUGGUAAACAGUACAAGUCGAGUAUGUCUUUAAUCCAGUGCUUUCGAUUCAAAAACAUUUUAUUAUUAGUCUCUGCGCAAAAAAUUUAUGUUUUAAUAGUUUAAAAAUUAGUUAAGCUUUAUUUUAUUCCAUGUUUAUGUUACCGUUAAAUUGUAAAAUACGUUAGUUUAUAAUAAUCUCACUCGUAAUAUUAUAAUCUGCCGUCAUAUUGUGAACUGAAAAUACUGAUUACAAUUUAACGGUAUCUUAUAAUGUAUUGUAUCGGAAGUGAAACCGUUAAAUUGCAAUCUUAAAACAUCAACUGUCCGAACUUGCCCCUGAUUGGUCGCCUUACAGCAGACCGUUCCGUGUCCAUAGAGUUAGGAAUGAAAGACAUAUGUCAGUCAUGUUUAUUUAUUAUUAUUUAUUAUACCUAAAGACUGAACUAAGUGCCCGGCCUGCGGCCGGUCACCCGCAUCGUCAAUUUCUAACCUAACCUAACUUUAGAUUUCACUAAAUUAUAUUUAUAAUUAACAAAAACAACAUUUUACUAAUUAAAGAACAGUGUUUAAAAAACUUAAGACACGCAUUGGACACCCCUCCCAUUUUCUUUGAUUUGUCCAAUUCAACAAAAAAAUGAUGACAAUGAUGUGUCAUUGUAAUUUUUUACUAUUUUUAUUGUGCCCGCUGUAAUAUUUUUUAAACUUUAUGUUAAAUUUAUCCAUUGACAAUAUAACGGUUUCACUUCCGAUAGAUUAUAACAUACCUAAAAAUAACACGUUAAAUUGCAAUCAGUAUUUUCAGUUCACAAUGUGACGGUUGAUUAUAAUAUCACGAGUAAGAUUAUAAACUAAUGUAUUUUACAAUCUAACGGUGACAAUUAAAUCAGAUUCAUAUUUUAAUUAUUAAUUAAAUACGUCGUGUUUCUAAUUUAAGUAAUCAAAUGCAGUCCAGAGAAAAGCCAAGCUAUGAAAAAAAAAGUUACAGUAAAUUUUAUAGAUUGCUUUUUUUGGCAAACUAUGUAAGCGAAUUUCAGUGUUGUGGGUAAUAAAUGUUUAUAAACCCCUUCAUACCAGUUUUUUUAUAAAGUAGGUAAUUAAAAUAAACAGAAAUUCGAUACACCUAAGUAUGAAUAGAUUUGAAAUAGAUAGAUAUUUAAAAACAGUUGAUACCUGUAGAUAUAUUGUAAUUUUAAGAUUAAUCUAUGAUGUUAUUUACAGCCAAAGUUUUCAUUUGCAGCAUAUAUUUUGCUAAUGUAAACCAUUUAAAAUGCAGUUGCAACGUAUAUAGGAGUAUGUAUUUUAAAAUUACAUUAAAUUUUUGUAUUGUAGUUUGUUAGAACUACAAUUUUUUUUUGAAAUUUUAAAUAAAAUUGUGUUUUAAAGUAGCUAUUAGUUUGAAUAGGUAUUUUUGAAUGGUAAUUUAAAUUUACUGUGAAUAUAUUAAACUAAAAUGAGAUAAUUCAUAUGUACAUAACAUACACAUUCUAUUCUAUAUAUUUAUUACUAUAUAAUGUUUUCUUUUUAGGCGGAUCGGUCUAUUUUUAUUAUGUUUAACCUAGGUAUCCCACUUAACCAAAUAAAUAAAUAGGAAAUUAAAGUGAUGUAAAAAAGCUUUGUAAUAUUGUUUUUUAGUAGUUUGCAUUGUUGAAUAGUUUGAAUAUUUUUUAGUAGAUUUUGCAUUAAGACAAAAUGACAAUAAAUUAUUUGAAUAAUCUUAAUAUAAGCAACGUCAUAUUUUGAAUACUACGCUGUGAUACUUUAACAACCAUUUUCUAUAAUAAAUUCAUUAUCAUAAUUGUUCAAUUCAAUCAAUUCAUUAUAUUAUUGUGAAUAAAUAGACUGAUGUAUUAAUUUUUAUAGUGUAUUUUUACAGAAUAUAAAAAGUUUAUUUUGCGUGUUGUAUAAAUAAUUUCUUAUUUUCCUAUAAUAUCCUCACAGAUUAGUCAAUAAUAGGCAGUCGAAACACGACGGUGUCAAAGCCGCACCAAAUACAGAAUUCAAAACGAAUACAUUCUCGAGUCAGUACGACACGAAGCGUCGCAUCAGUAAUUUUCAAUAUUAUUGAAGAAAAAUGGCGUCUUGUGUUUUUGAAUAAGUAUUUUAAAAACUGUUCACAAAAACUAAAUAAAUAACAUUGAGAAUUUUUAUUGGUAA